UCCUAUCUAUCUACUCAUUCUCCCUCCCUCUCCUUACUCUGACACUGACACACAUCAGAUAUCUCUGUCUGCAUCUCAGUCUUUCUUGACUCUAAUGGCGUCGGGAGAGUCUAUAUUAGUAUUCUUCCUGCAAAUCUUGAACGAGGAGUUGCGAAAUUACAGGGGUCUGAAAAAUGGAGAGCAACUUGAGUUGGAUCUGCUUGGGAAUGAGCUUGGUAGGUUACAGGCGUUCCUGCAGGAUUCAGUGGCUGUGCGCAACAAGAGUCAACUCUUUGGAGAAACGGUGAAGCAGAUCAGAGAGGUUGCUUAUGAAGUCGAAGACACCAUCGAGAUGUGCUCCACCAAGAAGAAGGCUGCAGCAAAAACCAAGAAUCUCUUCACCCGCUUCCGUACAAGUUUUAGCAUCAGCAUCGCAAAGCAAAUUAAGACCCUAAGAGAAGCAAAAGUCAAACCCAUUUUAGAUUUAAUCGACAAGGAUUUCAGUAAUGUUGACGGAUCCAUCCCAUCCACAAGCGAACCCUUUACGGAAAUCGAUUCGGAUCAAUCAAUUAUGCCUAUAACUGUUUUACAAGAUCAGUCAGACAUGCUAGAUAAAGUAGUAGAUUUUGAAGAUGAAGCCACCAUUAUUAAAUAUCUAAUGGAACCAAAGGAUAAACUUGAUGUUAUCUCCAUCCAUGGAAUGGCAGGCCUCGGCAAGACAACACUAGGGAGGAAGAUAUUUCAGGAGAAAACAGUCCGUCAAAAAUUCCCACUACGCAUUUGGAUUGCCGUUACUCAGAAGUUUGACAGCAGGGUUGCUUUUCUCAAAAUUGUGGAAGCACUUAUCCCAGAGGGCAUGCAUAGCCCGACGGACCAAGAGUUGGCCACAGCAGUUCGUUUGGGCUUGGCAAAUAGAAAAUUCUUGCUAGUUAUGGAUGAUGUUUGGACAAUGAAAGAUUGGGAAGUUAUAAAAAAAAUCUUGCCAGAGGAAAACAAAGGGAGCAGAGUCCUAGUAAUCAGUCGUAUAUGGAAUAUUGCUACACAAGUUAAUAUCAGAAGGGAACCUCAUGUAAUGAGAAAUCUAGGAGAAGGGACAAGUUUGGAGCUUCUGAAAUUGAGGGUUUUCGGUGAUCUUGAGAGCUACCCUCCGCAGUUGGAAGUUAUAGGGGUCAAUAUAGCCAAAAAAUGUGGUGGAUUGCCGUUGACAAUUGUGUUGAUUGCAGGAAUUCUUCAAUAUGAGUACACCAAAACACGAGCAAUCAUUGGUGUUAAAGAGAACUGGUCGACCGUCUAUGAGAAUAUUAAUAAGAUAUUAGAGAAGGACCAGGACAAGCUCAUCUCAAAUGUUUUAGAAAUGAGUUACAAUACCUUGUCCGGGGACAUGAGAUUGUGUUUUCUUUACACAGGGUUGUUUCCUGAAAAUUAUGAGAUCCCGGCCUCCACAUUGAUCCAGCUGUGGAUUGCAGAAGGAUUCAUACGACCAAGGCAAGGGAGCUUUGAAGAAGCUGCAGAGAAAAUCUUGGAAGAUCUUAUCAACAAGAGCUUGUUGAUAGUGACAAAGAAGAAUCUCGAUCAAGUUAAAACAUGUCGUGUCCACGAUAUAAUACGUGAAUUCUGCAAAGCCAAAGCUAUGGAGGAGAAUCUGUUCAGAGUAAUGAAAGCAUCGAAUGAAGGGAAACAUGAGCCUCCACUUUCUGAGUUACAUACAUUCCGACGUAUUUGUCUUCAUUCUGAUCCCUCAAAAUUCCUAUCUGAAAAACCAAAUGGACCACUCAUCCGUUCCUUCAUCUGCUUCUUGGAGAAACCUAGUGACUUGGAUCCAAUGCACAUUUCAACUAUUCCUUUCGAUGUGCUUAGGGUUAUGAACUGCAAGUCCGUCAGAUUCGAAGAAUUUCCCAAGGUCACAGGACUAAUUCUGUUGAAGCACAUCACUUUGUCUAUUGAUAAGCUUGAUGUUCUUCCAAAACAAAUGUCCCAGUUGCUGAAUCUGCGGACUCUCAUAGUGAUAACAAAUUCACUUUCCAUAACAGUGAAAGCAAAUAUAUGGAAGAUGGAGCAGUUGACACGUUUCAAAACUAAAGCAGCCAUUAUCUUGGAUGAGAAGAAGUGGAAUGGUAAAGCUUGUGAAAACCUCCACACGCUUAGCAGACUGUCACCCAAAUCUUGCAAGCUAGCUCUCACUAAAAGGGCUCCUAACCUGAAGACUCUGGGGAUUCAAGGUAAAGUAGCAAAUCUAUUCAACACAUUUUCCCUGCAGGAUUUCCACUUCCUUAAAAAGUUGAAGCUAGUAAAUGAGUUAAAAGCUUCUCCAUUGGCCCUCACUAGGCCAGAUUGCUUUCCCCGAACCCUCAUGAGUCUUACCUUAUCGAACACCAAGCUGACAUGGAAAGGUCAUAUGUCUGCAUUGGCAACUAUCAGCUCCCUUAAGGUCCUCAAGUUGAAAGAAAAUGCAUUCAGUGGAUACUUUUGGAAUGUGGAUUAUGACUUUCCAGAACUCCAGUUCUUGCUGAUUGAAAAAGCGGAUGUGGCUAACUGGGCAGCCUCAGCAACUCAUUUCCCGAAGCUUAGGUGGCUUGUAAUUAAAUCAUGUGAGCGCCUGCAACAAAUACCAGAGGGUUUGGCAACAAACCUGGAGAAGUUGGAGAUUGAGAACAUCAGAAAAAGUGUAGUUGACUCAGCCAAGGCAAUAGAGUCAAUCAAAAGUCUGGCAGUACAGAACCAACCAUCCAUUUCUAGGGUUCCAUUUAAUCUCACCAUUGGCACCAUAUAGUUCUAAUCAGCACAGUGGGACAAUCUAUCAAUGGAGACUGCAUAAUCAAAUCAGGACAGACAUAUAUCAAGAGCCAUCUCUUGUAAGGCUUGUUCAUCACCUUCUCACAACUUCAAGUCAUGAAAAACUGCAAAAAGGUAAAUGUUUCAUGCUUCUUGUAAUAAAGUAAUGGACACUUUAAUUGGUUGUGUUUUGUGUAAUGGAAAAUAUGAUGGAUUCGAUAUUAACUUCUCCAUUAUUUUUGUGUUUGCUUUUGUGAA